CUUCCAAAAUUUGGCUGUUGAGUUCUCAUUCUUGCCCUCUGGAAUUGAAAUUAUAAUUUUGAAGUAGUUUUACCAUUACCAAAUGGCUUCAAGCCAAGAAAAUAAGUGGAAAUGUAUUCAUUGUUCGUCAACGUUUAAAUACGAAGGUCAAUUGGAUCGUCAUCUCGUGACACACGACCCUAACACAAAAGUCAAAUGCAAGAUUUGUGGGAAGAUUUCAAAGAAUCCUGCCACCUUAUCUGCCCACGUGUCAUACAUGCACACCAACCGGAUCCAACCUGCUUGCAAUAUUUGUGACAAGCCGUUUUCGAACCUUGCCCAUUUACGGAGACACAUUGACACCGUCCACAGCAAGAAGGAACGACCUCGUUCACAUUGUGAAUUUCCUGGUUGUGAAAAAACCUACCUGGACAAGGAUGCUAUGUCGAAACACGUGAAAACUGAACAUGCCGAGAAUGCUGCCCGAUUUCCGUGUUCACUUUGUGGCAAAGAAUUUAAAAGCAGAGGGGACCUUGGACACCACAUUUCCACCCACACGACUGAGAAGCCUUUUAAGUGUACCACUUGUUGGAGGAGUUUCGCCUUAAGGAAAGGCUUGAAAACUCACGAGAUGACACACAUUCAAAAGUCUAGCAGAGAAACCUUCCAAUGUCAACUUUGUCUGCAGACCUUCAUCAUUAGAGGAAGCUUGCAGAGACACAUUCGGAUUGUUCAUGGAAAUCAGAGGAAUUAUCGGUGCUCAUUUUGCGACAAGAGUUUCGCAAGUGCCUCAGGUUUGAAGCGUCACGUGGAAGCGAGACACACGGAUAAGAAGGUCAAGAUUUAUGCCUGCGACAAUUGCGAGUACAAGAGUCACUCAAAAGGCAAUUUAGCUCAACACGCGAGACGUCACAAUGUCUCGAAUCGAAUGGAUUGUUACUUCUGUGGAGAACGGUUUGUAUAUUUCCAAGCAUUAGCCAGGCACUGUAGUCGAAUUCAUACUCUAGAGAAGUAAAAAUGUAAUUGACAGCAAUUUCCCGAUGAAAUCUGUUCCCGGUUUUAAAAUUAUGUGUACUCUUGUUACCUGUAGUUGUAGUAAUUUGUGAAGCGUUGUUUUGAUAAUUGAUGACUAACUUAUAUUUUAUUACCCUGCGUUUCAAUGAGCGAUGAGAAUUUUUUUUCGACAAAUUGUUUUAUCCAUUUCCAAACUUGUAAUAAAUAAAAUACAAGAAUGUUGACUAAAAAUGAUUACAAUUACUUAC